AUGGCUCCCGCGGGCGACUGCUCCAGCCCGCUGCUGCAGGAGCCGGGCGCGGCCGCGGAAGCGGGCGACCGGCACGCCAUCAAGUGUGUGCUCGUCGGCGACGGCGCCGUGGGCAAGACCGCGCUCGUCGUCAGCUACUCCACCAACGGCUUUCCCAGUCGAUACGUGCCCACCGCCUACGACACCUUCACAGUGGUGGUCCGGGUUGACGGGCGGCCGUACAGCGUGCAGCUCUGCGACACAGCGGGCCUGGACGCGCUGGACCCGGUGCGCGCGCUGUGCUACCCGGACGCGGACGUCUUCCUGGUGGUGUUCAGCGUGGUGGCGCCGGCGACGCUGCGCUCCGUGGAGAGGCGCUGGGCGCCCGAGGUGCGCCGCUGCUGCCCCGACGCGCCGCUGGUGCUGGUGGGCACGCAGGCCGACCGGCGCCGCGACGCCCGCCUGCUGGCCGAGCUGUCGGCGCGCGGCCAGGCGCCCGUGUCGAGCGCCAGGGCGGCAGAGGCCGUGCGCGCCGUGGGCGCCGCCGUCUACGUCGAGACCUCGGCGCUCACCCAGAGGGACCUCAAGGAGGCCUUCGACCAGGCCAUCGUCUGCGCGCUGCGCCGCCGCGGGCUGCUGCCACUUAACAGUCACCGUAAUGCAGAAGGUAGACAGCAACACCAGCAACGAAAGAGAACACUGGACGACGUAAAAGCACCGAAACAUUUCUGGGAUAUAUUAAACAAGAAGAAAUAGUUUUCAAGGUAGAGUCCUGUAAUACAUUUCGUAAAUAAAAUAUUUCUUAGCACUAAAGAAAUGGGUUCAGUCAGCGCCUGCACCAUUUUACGAUACAAAGUUUGUGAACGAGUCACACUUAACACCCCUAUUACGCGAAUAACGGUACUACUCCAUGAUACAGCAUUGUGCCACAAUGAUUACAGAUAAAACAAAGUACACAAACCACUAGUAAGAGGAACUCAAAGUUUCUUUAAAACAUCGUUCGCUGGUACACAGCGCUUGUUCACCGCCGGCUGGAACUUAGUCUUGGAAACAUGUGUUUUAUGUGUUUUUUUUUCCUACGUAGACGCUGUUCACACCCAUCACACUUGGUGUGUUUCAAGACUCAUUUAAUUCCCCUAAUAAGUUAUCAAAAUCUCUCAGCCCAUGGACAUUACAAUGGUAAUUCCAACCCAUAUAGAUCUUCUCUACAGAAAAGGAGGCAAUAUUAGUAAUACUGCACUUGA